GUACACACGAACAGAUAAAGCCAUUUUUCGUUUUCGGAAAGCUCUCUCUCGAUGAGACUACUUCAACGCCAUAUUCUCGGCGCUGCCGCUCUUUCUGUUAUGGAAGAAAUCUGGCUCGGAAAAUCGGCCUAGGAGGUACAGCGGGAAAACUCUCGAAGCCACCCCUUGGGACGGCGUGCCGGCCAUCCAGGAGAUUCUAGCCGCCGCGGAAGCCGCGGCCGGGGUUGACCCCGGCUACUUCAAUUGCGUCCUCCUCAACUGGUACCGGGACGGAGCCGACUACAUGGGGUGGCACUCCGAUGAUGAAAAAGAGCUCGAGAAGGGAGCAGCGAUAGCGUCCGUUUCGCUCGGAGCGGGACGACGGUUUGAGCUGCGGGGAAGAAAGGACCGCACCCAAAAGAUGGAGUUUGUCCUGGGAGGAGGGUCGCUGCUGCUCAUGGAAGGCAGCACCCAAGAGCACUGGCAGCACCGCGUGCCGAAGCGCACCGCAAAGGAGGAGCGCGAGAUCCUGCAAUCACCACAAGAGAGAAGAAAGGCGAAAGCCUUGUCGCCACUGCUGCUGUCAUGGUCGGGGCAAGGCGGCAAGGUGCUGUCGUCGUUGAACACGGGCGAAUCCGGGGGAAAUGGAAGCAUCGCGGGUGGUCCGGGGGGUUCAUCGUUACUGACGUCGUCGGCAGGUGCAAGGGGAGGGAGGAUCAACCUGACGUUUAGACGUAUCAAAGAAGGCGUUUCAUGAGGGUUGGAUUCUGUGUGUGUGUUUUUUUUUCCGGAGUUGGGUGAGAGUCGUUGAUGGGAGCUGUUGUACAUUGGAAGCGACGUAGCGAGGCAACCCGGCACGCCUCAAGGAAUGCGGUUCACCAGUCAACAACCGCCGCAGAAAAAAAACUUCAGAAGGGUACGUACUAUAUCGGCGGCGGAAGGCAAGCCCCGCAAUGUACGAGACGGGGAAUUUUGCUUUGUCGUGGAUGGAUGUAUCCGCAGCAGCGAUAGACCCCUUUGAACGGGUGGUAUCGCAACCCGGACACGUUGCUGCCGUGCAUGGGUAUAACGACUCUUUUUC